AGGAGACCCACAAGCUCCUGGGAGGACUUGCACUCUGUCUUCAGUUGAGAGCCUCACUCCCUCCAGCGCCAUGUCUUACAGCUGCUUCCUGCCCAGCCUGAGCUGCCGCUCCACCUGCUCCUCCCGGCCCUGCGUGCCCCCCAGCUGUCACGGCUGCACCCUACCCGGGGCCUGCAACAUCCCUGCCAAUGUGGGCAGCUGUAGCUGGUUCUGUGAGGGCUCCUUCAAUGGCAACGAGAAGGAGACCAUGCAGUUCCUGAACGACCGCCUGGCCAGCUACCUGGAGAAGGUGCGCCAGCUGGAGCGGGAGAACGCGGAGCUGGAGAGCCGCAUCCGGGAGCGGUGCCAGCAGCAGGAGCCCGAAGUGUGCCCCAACUACCAGUCCUACUUCCGCACCAUCGAGGAGCUCCAGCAGAAGAUCCUGGUCAGCAAGUCUGAGAACGCCAGGUUGGUAGUGCAGAUUGACAACGCCAAGCUGGCCGCAGAUGACUUCAGGACCAAGUACGAGACAGAGCUGGGCUUGCGGCAGCUGGUGGAGUCGGACAUCAACGGGCUGCGCAGGAUCCUGGACGAGCUGACCCUGUGCAAGGCCGACCUGGAGGCCCAGGUGGAGUCCCUGAAGGAGGAGUUGCUCUGCCUCAAGCAGAACCACGAGCAGGAAGUCAAUACCCUGCGUAGCCAGCUUGGAGACCGCCUCAACGUGGAGGUGGAU